AUGGGUGCCAAAGUAAAAGACUCGACGUCAGUCGAGAUGCACGACGUGAAUGAUCCUCAUCCGCGUGUGGAGGAGGACAAGCCGAGCACGUGGAAGGAUGCUAUCUUCGGAAGACGUGCCAGAAAGUACGCGUUCAUCUUCAUCGUCGCUUUCCUGGCCGUUCUCACCGUCAAAGACGUCUUCGAUCUGGUGAAUUCUUUCUUUAAUUACUUCUCAUUAUCACAUUAACCUUCGGCAGUAUCUCUCUUCCGUUCUUUCGCGAAACUCCAGUUUUCUAUUUACAGUUCGAGGAGUACUUCGAGUGGCCGAAAGAAUCUGACAUUAACAUCGUUUUCAACGAAUCCAUGACCAUGCCGAAUGUCACUUUCUGCAUGUCUCGUCAGCAAGCCUGGUCUCACUUCAAGCUGAACCUGACUGCUCCGGCCGACGAGUGGGAUGCGGUCGUGGACGAGAGCCUCGCCAACAUGACUGAUCACGACGCGUUCAUGAAGAGCCCUUGGGACUAUCGACUUGUGAUGGAAGCGUACGAUAUGAUAGCCACGUACAGUAGUUUGGAGCGAGAGACGACCGCUCACGGUUCUGCUCGUUCCAUUCACGUCUUCAAGAACGCUCCGAGGUUGGCAGCGAAGCGAAAGACGUUCAAGAAGUGGCGAGAUAUUCUUGAUUCGCGUAAAGUGACCUUCGAAGAGUUCACCCAGAAAACUGGUAUCGAGGUUCUUCGUCGUUCAAUGCAGAGAUUCAGAAGACGCACAUUCGACGAGGAUGAGACGGUCGUCAAGACGAAACUUCGAAUUUCGUGGAUAUCCCAGAUGCAAAUCUGCUACCAGCCGGAGUUCGAUGAGGAAAACUUCAAAACUAUCGAUGAUCAGGGUGUGUUCUUCGACAUGCUUCUCUCGCACAACGCGGAGAACACCGAGGACCAGAAGAUUGACUGUAUGUCGGUCGAUUUGCACGGAAGACCGUCAUCUUUGAACAGAUUUAUGGAAGGAAAGGGACGCUCUAGAGACGGAUUCAUUGAUGAGGUUAUUCAGAAAGGGAAAAACUAGAGGAAUAGUUUAUUUCAGCUUUGCUUGGGACAACGCCACGAAGUUACUGUGCACGUGACUGCACUUUAUCAGAUGUUGGAGAACGACGACGAAGGAACGAGAUGCCGAGAUGUGGAAGAAGGAGAGGAUACCGAGUUUAACUGCCGCUCCAGAUGCCGUAUGGAGAUGAUUCGUGACACUUGCCACUGUACGCCACUCUCGUUGAGUUACUUGGCCAAGAAGGAAGACUUGGACAUCUUCCCUCUUUGCGAUUACACUCAAUGCACCGUCGAGUUAGUCAUCUCAUAAUCACACUUUCAAAACAGCUCUUUUUUAGUGUUCAAAAGGGUAACUAUUCGGAUACCGAUUGUGCCAGCAAGUGCUUCCCGGACUGCCGCCAAAUCCGAUUCGAAGUGGAUCAUUCUGUCAAGGGUAGAAUGCUCCGCCCCGACCUCUCUCUUGUUGAACUGUCAUGGGGACCAUUCGAGUAUUUGACAAUGGAACAGCAAUGGAAGUAUACUACGCCCACGUUCAUUGCCGCUCUUGGAGGAUCCAUCGGAAUGUGGCUGGGACUUUCGAUUCUUUCCCUCAUCCAGGUGAGAACUAUCUUAUCCGCUCAUGUUGCAAUCUAAUGUUUCAGCUCGUAACGUAUUCAUACACCUACUUCACAAAGAAGAUCGUGAACGAAAAGAUUUUGAAAAAAGGAAACACGUUUGAUAAGAAGGUGAGUGAGUGGGCGGGGUUGGUUGAGACACACAAUCAGGAUGUUAUGAAUAUUGUAGACGGCUAAGAAAUGAGAACGAAAACGUUAAAACCCGAGUUGAAAGUGAGUUUGAUCUCGUCACUUCUUUCCUAUCCCACUCUAUCCUGUCCACAAAACACACAUUUUCUCAACUAGGUCACUUUUCUGAUUUGAACACAAACUUUGAUAACUUCCACCAUUUCUAUUCACCGCACAGGACGAGCAUGAUGACUUCACCAUCGACAACGGACAGGAAAGAAAGAAAAUGUCGUUGGCCGAGAAUCCGUUCGCCGACUUAUUCCAAGGCGGAUCACCCGAACAGCAAAAGAGGGGCUCGAAACCGAACUCGCGUCAGGCUUCACUCGAUAAGGCAAGCAUCACACGCUGAGAGACUUCACCCACCACUUUUCUUUUUCUGACCUUUCAAAAUAUGAUUCUCAACUACAAAUUGAUUAUUUUCAGGAAGGAUCCCAUCCACCGGGAUACAACACCAACCCGAAAGGCAGCCACUAA